AUGACCUUGUACGCCGACGACUGGGCCAUACUUGCAACGCUCUGUCUGGGCGUGCCGGGGACUAUUGUUCUUUGUGUACGCAGCGUUCCCAACGGCUCUGGCAAAGAUGUAUGGAAUGUGCCUUUCUACCAAAUUGACGAAUUUGGCAAAUGGUUUCUGUUCAUGGCAGUGCAAUACUUCCUCGACCUCGCUGCGCUGAAGCUGAGCCUGCUACUUUUCUACCUGCGCAUAUUUCCCUCCACAACACUCAAGCGUCUGCUCUGGGCUACCGUGGUGUUUGACGUUUUAUAUGGACUGGUCUUCGCUUUAGUGGGUCUGCUACAGUGUCGGCCCAUGUCAUUCUUCUGGACCAGGUGGGAUGGCCAACAUCAGGGCCAUUGUAUCAAUGUUAACGCGGUGGGCUGGGCAAAUGCCGGAAUCAGCAUUGCAUUGGACUUCUGGAUGUUGGCAUUACCGCUGUCGCAGCUGCAAGGAUUGCAACUGCAUUGGAAGAAGAAAAUAGGGGUUGCCCUUAUGUUUUUCGUCGGCACAUUCGUGACGAUCGUUAGUAUUCUACGUCUGCGAGCCCUGGUGACAUUCGCAAAUUCGGAUAACCCGACCUUUGACAACUUUGAAAUAAUGUUAUGGUCCACCACGGAGAUGAACGUGGGCAUCAUCUGCGCUUGCAUGCCGGCGAUGCGACAGAUUCUGGCUCGGAUUUCGCCGAGGGUCUUCGGAGGAGAGCAGUCAAGACAAAGAUACUACCGCUACGGCAAUGGAAAGGACGGGCAUGUUGCAACGAUCGGGUCAAAGGAGGUCGUGCCCGUCAAGAAAGGCAGGACCGAAUGGUGGCAAGGACUCAGUCUCAGCAGGGCCAGCAUGUUCGUAUCCCAGCGAAUGAAUCCUGCCGUAGCACGAGCUUUUCGAGAAAACUCGCCUAUUCCGGAAUCUCCCACGAAGGGCAUCAAAGUGCACCGGUCGUUCGCGGUCGAGGGCAACGAGCCUACUUCUGUGCCGAUGCAAAAUCUGAGACCGUACGGACAAACGCGUGGCUCGAGGAACGAGACGAAGAGCAGUUUCGACCCAUAG